AUGAUUAGAUCUAGAGACACUGGAAUCUAUGAUGAACAGUACGAUGAUAAAAGCAAUGAUGAUGAGAUUUUCAAUUCUUUCAUGCCACCUAACUGCAAGGAGCUUUCCGAAGAAGAGAUUGCUCUACGUACUGGCUUGAAGCAAUUUAAACAAGCACAAAAACUUUUGAAUGACCUUAGGGAAGAAUUGGCUGCUAAGAUGACUAAACCGGAGAUCCCUGUUAAAGCUCCUAGAAAUACAGAGAAAGCUAAAGAAAAGGCAAUGAAGUUACUUAAAUCCGGAGCAAUAUCGUUCGAUAGUGGCGCUGAACGCCAUGUGUUCAAGCGAAAAGUAAAGGAUUUGGAUGUUUCAGAAUCUGAAGGGUUCCAAGAAUCAAACAAGACAAAGAAGUCAAAUCUUUAUGACAAUUUUGUUGCCGGUGAUCGCAUUAAUCCGCCAAAAUCAUCUCCAGUGCAACGUCAGCAAUCGAUUCCUUUCAGUGAAAAUCACCGCGAUUCGGCUGGUUCUAGGCCCUCAUUUUCUCGCAACUUUAACCAGUCCGAGUUCGAAUCCGGCGAAGAUCGAAGAUCCAAACCAAUAUCAACACUUUACGUUAGCUUCAGUGAUAUUAAUGAGUCUAAUGUAAGAGAAAUAUUUGAACCAUAUGGACCCAUUCUGAACGUCCGCAUUGAUGACAAAAAAGGUUAUGGUUUCGUGACUCUAAAAUCUCACGAAAUGGCGGAGAAGGCUCUUAAGUUGGACCGUACUUGUUUCAAUAAUGUCCGUUUGAGGGUUAACUACGCACGCCGUCAGCAUCAUGUUCGUGAAAGCAAUUUUGAGGAAACUGCCGAUCGUCAACAUUCCCGGGGUGCAAGUGGAGGCAAAUCUUUCAAUAGAUCUCAACGAAGAUCCAGAUCAAGGUCACCUCCCACUCGUAGCGACUCCUCUUCUCUCCCCCCAAAUUCAAGUCGGAAUCUGAUCAGCUACUCCGAUCUACAAAUGUUCCACCGACUUGUGCUUGGAAGGCGUAAUCCUCUUUCGUAUCUUUUGAACGGCUUCCGUCCAGUCUCUACCAAUACAGAGCCUGGAACAAUAGACCUCUUUGUGGCAGCUAAUCGAAAAAAAUUCUAUAGAACUCUGGGGAUCUUCUGUUUACUUCAAGGUGCAGCUUGGUUUGCCUUUGGUCAGUACCUCUUCAGCAGAAGAAAAGAGAAGUUGACGUGGGAGAUGAUGAAAGCAGACCUCAACCACAUUAAUGUACUCAUAGCUAAUAAACUAGAGUCUUUGACUCCCCAAACUCUCAAGGAAAUCAUUCUUCGAAAUAAAAAAACCCUCUCUGGUCUUUCAGAUGUCAACAAAGAAGAAUUAAACCCAGAACCUGUAGAGAAACCGGUUGAGACCAUCGAAGCUAAGGUGGAGAAAAAUAUGAAAGAAGACUUGAAGGAAUUUUCCGUUAAGGUAAGGGAAACGUUUGGUGUUCUGGAAGACAGUGGAACAGAAAUUCAAAACGUGGACAUUAAAACGAGGCAAAUUAUUCCCUACAUCUGUUUUAUAAUGAGUGCGUUUACCUUCUUCCUUGGCGGAUUUAUUCCUUGUCGUGUGAUAAGGCGAAUUUCUUUUUCAACCAAACCCUCUGCUAACACAGCCGUCGUACUUCCAGAGAAGCUUGACCCAGUGGUCCGAGUGAAUACCUAUGGAUGGUUUGGGGUGCUUCCACCUCGAGGGAAGCUCUUUACCACCCCCAUCAGUGGUAUGCGGGUAACUGCAGGCCGUCGAGAGGAACAGAGGUUCAUUAACCUUAUUAUUGGUCGACAUCCUUUCACCUUCUACCUGGAACGCUCCCAGGCUCAAUUCCUAUUGCCAGAGUUCUUUGAACAUCUUACCUCUACUGACGAUCAGCAAGCGAAAAAAUGA